UGGGCGAUAUCAUAUACAAAUUGUAUAGCGUAAAUAAAAAAAAUCUGGAGUGCUAUUUAAGACCAGCCUAUUUAUAACUGGCACUAACUGAAGUGUGACGCUACACAACACACACCCCACCAUUGCUGAAGAUGUUACUACAUGUGUGCAAGGUUAUUUACGUGACCUACUAGCCAGCAGACUCCAUCGUCAGGAGAGAUCUCAGGACAGUAUGGCCGAUCAGGACUCGAGUGGAGACAGCGAUGGGGACAUACCCGGAAGUGAGACUGCGGACGUCUCACAUCACGACGGCGGCUUCAAACAAUUCUUUUCGAGUGUGAAAAAGUUGUCGAAGCGUGUGGCUAGCUUGAGUGAGUCCCCAGCAUCAAGUCCGACGAUACCUCGAGAAAAUGCCCGGUCUCCCAACGACAGUACAUCAAAUCCCCAGGGAUCAUCUGGUGAUGCCUUCUUUGGAAAGGUCUUCGACGACCAACACAGUUCACAGUCCACGUCCACUACACCUGAACACGUGUAUGACUUUAGCUAUAGGUCACGUGGUGUGGCUGUUCUGAUCGUGAACGUGACCUUUCGUGACAAGAUAAUGUCUCCAGAUAGAAUAUAUGCCAAGCAUGACAUUGAAGUGUUCGAGAAAAUAUUAAAAGCGUUGAACUUUACCAUUAUAAAACUGAUUGAUCAUUCUACAGCGGAUUUACGUAGACGACUUGAAGAAAUACGUUCGUCUUUGACCUCGGACUGUGACUGCUUCCUGUGCCUGAUCAGCUCACACGGUCUGGAAACGAGGAUAUCCGACGAUAAACGGAAGCGACAACACACGACCUUCACCUACGACCGUUGGAUACCUACCGAUAGUAUCAUCAGACCUUUUACAGAGAACCAAUGUCGAUGUCUGAGUGGGAAACCCAAACUCUUCUUCAUACAGGCAUGCCGGACCGUUCACCGGUCAGCGGACGCCGACUCGAUAGACAGGGGGGUCAUUACUACGGAGGCCGUAUGUCAGCCGCCUGGUCAUCAUGGUGACGUCAGAGAUAAUCCUGUGCGAUUGGAGGGGACAGGGAACACUGCGAUAGAUAACUUGAAGACCGACCAGGACGAUCUGAACUCCUCAUCACAAGACCUCUCUCAGUCUGUUCGAGAGAAAGUCAAUUUGGAUGAAAUUCCUUUCGCUGACGAAACCGACGACAGCGAUGACCCUGACUUUUCUACAGCUGAUAAUUCACGUGCGUCAUAUUACCCUCCUCGCCCGCGCCAGUCUGAUGACGUGGACUUUUGUACAAUCCCCUGCUAUCCGCACUGUCUCGUCAUGUUCUCAUCUGCCCCAGAACGUUUCGCAUGGUCCAAUGACUUCAAGGGAGGAUGGUUGCCGUACUGUAUGUAUAAAGUUCUCUAUAAGAUGGCACAACGUCACUUCCGGAUCGACCUUCUACAAGCUCUAACGGAAGUGAAUGAGACUAUGGCGAAAAGCUUGGAGACAAACUCACCCAGCGACAAGGUUCUGCAUCAAGUCAAGUCCGCCGCUUGUAUCUACCAUAUGCUUACAAAGGAUAUUUAUUUCACACCCAAGUACGCCCCAGUACCUGUGGUCGAUAGAGUACAAGUCUCGGCAGUGUAAUUAAACAUAGUGUAUAAACAAUAUGCUUUAAACUAUUUCCGACAGUUUUUCAUAUAAUGACACCAAUCCGAACGUAAAGAACUGCAUCCAAUGAAGUGGGAUACUACGCCAGGCUUAGAAUUGGUUGGAAACUUCAAUGUGUUCCUUCUACUGAAGCACUAAUUAAUGUAUUAUUUUGUCCAUCCGGAACCAGGGCAACGCUUUCCGUAUCCUGCAUAUUUUUUUGUUUUGUUUUUAUUUUAUUUUAUUCACCUUAUUAUACCCUAUUUCCCCAAACAGAGAUAAACAUUAUUUGUUCACAAACAAAAUGAUCAAAAAUCCGCAUUAGCAAGAAAAAAAGUCAUGUUGAUAUGCCCAGCGCUACAAGCCUAGCCGCUCUCACAAGGAACAGUUAACUUGGACGUCCGACCUGAACUGGGAGAGUUCAUUGCAUUAAUGAUAUUACUCGCUAAUCAAACGCAGAAAAAGACAACUCUAAAAAUAAAAAAUUACCUGCUAAAAUUUUCCCCGGAGGAGUACCCCUGGACGUAAUCCGAAGGGCUCUGAUGUUAAUAUCGCCUUUCAAGUUGCCUUGCUACGUAGUAAGAUUGUCAGAAAAUUCGGACUACACCGGACCCCAUGU